UAUACGGCGCCGCCAUUUUGCCGGGCUGCCUCUGAGAAGAAAUUGAGGAGAGGGGACGAACGAGCGGAGGCCUGAGGGGACGAGGGAACCACGGGCGGGCGCCGAGGUAGAAGCGGCGUCGCUGCCGAGAGGCGGCUUAAGUGGACAAAGGAAAAAACCCCGCCGCCAUCAUCUUUGCGUUCGGGGUACCUGAGGGGGGAGGCCGGGCUAAGCCUGAGCGGAGCCUCCCGCCGCUGCCGACGCCGCCAGGGCCGCAGGCGGAACAGAGCGAGCCCCGCCCCCGACGAUUCUGGGGACCUGAGAUGGCUGCGCAAUCAGCACCGAAAGUCGUGCUUAAGAGCACCACCAAGAUGUCUCUCAACGAGCGCUUUACUAACAUGCUGAAGAACAAACAGCCGAUCCCUGUGAACAUUCGCGCCACCAUGCAGCAGCAACAGUUAGCCAGUGCCCGCAACAGGAGGCUGGCCCAGCAGAUGGAGAAUAGACCUUCUGUCCAGGCGGCCCUAAAACUCAAGCAGAAGAGCCUGAAACAGCGCCUGGGGAAGAGUAACAUCCAGGCACGCUUAGGCCGACCAGCUGGACCCCUGAGCCGUGGAACCUUAGGGGGGCGAGGGUUGCUGAUGGGUCAGCGAGGCCUGCCCCGAGGAGCCAUGCGCGGUGGGCGCGGAGCAAGAAUGUUAAUACGAGGCGGAAUCCCUUUAAGAGGUCAGAGUUUACUUCGGGGAGGCCGGGGCAUGGCUCCUCGGAUGGGCCUGAGAAGAGGAGGCAUUAGAGGACGGGGUGGUCCCGGCAGAGGUGGUCUUAGCAGAGGAGCCAUGGGACGCGGUGGACUUGGCGGCAGAGGUCGUGGCAUGGUGGGCAGAGGCAGGAGUGGCUUUGGCGGCCGGGGAAGAGGCCGAGGGCGAGGCAGAGGCUCCACCCGGCCCGCACUGACCAAGGAGCAGUUGGACAACCAGCUUGAUGCAUACAUGUCAAAGACGAAAGGACACCUGGAUGCCGAGCUGGACGCCUACAUGGCCCAGACGGACCCGGAAACCAACGAUUGAUGCUUCUUACCUUAGAUGCUUGUUGAGGUUGCGUGUUGUGUGUGUGCCGGUCCUUACCCCCCACCCCACCCCCGGUGCAAGCCAAGAACAGCAACCGCUGUUAAGUGUUGGGGAGGACCUGCAGACCUGACGCGUGGGGAGGGCAAGCUACAUAACUGUCAGGUGUUCCUCCUGCAUUUUGAUACUCAUGUGUUGGAUGACAGUUGGGUAGGGGGAUUGUUUUUUAUAUAUGUAUAUACAUACACAUACAUAUUUCUUAAACAACUUGGAACAUGAAUGUGACUGACUGGCCGUCUCCCGAUGGCAUCCACUUUCUUAGUGCUGAGCCCUACACUACCCUUUUCUUUGCUCUUAAGCAGGCCAACGUGGCACACGUGACCCUCCCUCGCUUCUCCCCCCACUCCUAAAAUUGGCCUUUCUGUAAAUAGAAGGUCUCUGGUGCUUAUCAUGAGCUGUGAUGUCUAGCAGCUACAGCUGCUGUUAAAACUAGGUUUCAAGAUAGUACAUUACGCUACGGUCACCAGAUUCCCUUCCUGGCACUUGUUGGCUUUCCUUCCCAACCGUAAUUCCAUGACUUUUCGAUGGUGAGCACAAGUUGAUGCUGCCUUUCCCGCCCCUUCCCUGAAAGAGGACUGGGCUCAGUUUGGGUUUAAUCCAUCCAACCUCAUGUGACUCAAACUGGUUUUUAUUUCAGUAUCGGCAAGCUCCUUCGUUUAUGUUCAUGCUCUUGUUACCGGUCUGCGUGUGUUUUGAGACACCAGGGAGCUAGUUGCUUUCCAUGUCCCCCUCUCUCUGCCACCUGGAGUCUUGUGAGCGCAACUGUUCUGUUCCAGUUUUAAACGGCAUCUUGUAUUUUCUGGUUUACUGUAAGAAACAAUUGCAGGGAAAAGAAA